AUGGCGUCAACCAAACCAGCAGAUGAAAAAUCAUUCGCCUGCCCUGGCUGCCAAAAGGGAAACUUUAAAAGUCUUCAUGCUGUCAAAGUGCAUUUUGAAGCCAAAGGCCAUCCGCUCAAAUGUGCACCAUGUGACUCAUCCUUUGACAGCCUGAAAACAUUACUUGGACACUGUGCAAGACAUGGGAAGCCCGCUGAUACAGCCCCAAAGCGCGUACAAAAGCAAGAACAGGGUUCGGUUCCUUCCAUGGCUCAAUCCUCGACGCCUGUGGAUUCGGUUCCGUCGCGCAAGUCGAAGAAAGGCCAGCAGCUCCAAAAUCAAGAGAAUAUACCUACUUCAUCAGCCCCAAUGAAUCCUCCGAAGCAGGAGCAGGACCUUGGUCAACCUAGACCUCAGUCUUCAAAGCCUGUGGACCCAAUGCCGUCGCAAAAGUCGAAGAAGCUUCAGCAACCCAAAAAGCAAGAUAAUCAAAAUAAUCCCGUCGACAUUUCUGAGAAGCAAGCAUAUAAAUUUGCCCAGAAGUUUCUCAAGGGUCAAGAUCUAUCAACUGUGAAGCCAGUGGAUCCGACACCGGGGGGGCCCGCCAACUCAAAGCCAACCCCAAGCCCCCGAAAGGCUGAAAAGGCAAAGGAAAAGGCAAAGGCAAAGGCUGAGAAGACGAAAGAGCGCCCGAAAGCAAAGAAGCCAGUAGAAAUACUAGCUCGACCGCGUCCACAGUCCCCUUUGCGCUCUGUCUUCUCGGGUGAGCCUAAGCCUCGAGGCAAUCCCUCAUUCGGCUUCGGCGACACACUCCUCGAUACUUCCGAACGUGAACGCGAAACCGCGCGUAACGCAGUUCAAGCAUCACAAAAUGAGAACCACCAUGUCACACUCGAAUUGCUGGAGCAAAACCUGAUCUUCCGCUACUUGCUGGCUCGUUGUCAUUCAGACACCCGUCUGGCUAAACAUGGCUUUACCUUCCAGCCGGGUCUGAACGAAAGCCAUAAGCGCCCAUCAAAGCAAUGCCCUAUCAAGAGAGGACUCUUCCGUGAAGUCCCUCGGUUCUCGUCGGAUAAUGUGCCGAAACGGCGCGCAAUCGUACUCGAUUGUGAGAUGGUGCAAGUUGAAGAAGGCCGUCGAGAACUGGCAUUUUUGAGCGCAAUUGACUUCUUGACCGGCGAGGUGCUGAUUGAUAACUAUGUGCAACCUAACUCUAGAGUGGUGAACUGGGACUCUCGAUUCAGCGGCGUCACUCCGAGUGCCAUGAAUAAGGCUGUCAAGAAAGGGACGGCUCUGAGAGGUUGGGAGGGCGCACGCUCAAAGCUGUGGAGCUUCAUGAACAGCGAUACCAUUCUUGUCGGCCAUUCACUCAAUAAUGAUCUGGAUGUUUUAGGCAUGAUCCACUGGAACAUUGUCGAUUCAUCAAUCAUGACCAGUGAAGCCGUGUUCCUGAAUCUCCACUCGGGAGAACAACUCACCCGCACAUGGGGACUGAAGACUCUCACCACUGAGUUAGUCAACUACGACAUCCAAGUCGGUAAACAGGGCCACAGCGCUCUCGAAGAUGCCCAAGCUACACGAGAUGUUGUGAUUUGGUGCAUUCGAUACCCAGAGCUCUUGAAGGUUUGGGCCGAUAAUGCCAGAGAAGAAGAGAAUAUGCGCGUGGCCGAAAGAGACAUGAAGAGGAUAACAGAGAGAGAGCAGCUUGAGGAUCAAAGACGACUGGAAAUGGAGUCCAGAGUUCACGCACUGUCGCAGGGUCUCACCGACAUGGCUGUUGCUGCUCCUGCCGAUGAAUCGGAUGAAGAGCCGUAUCAUAUGGUGAACACGGGCUAUGUUUCCGUUCAAUCGGUUGAAUACUUUUGA